ACGCAUUGCUGUGCGAUGUGUUUGACUAUUCUCACUCUCUGUAGCCUCUGAAGUUACUACGCUUUUAAUCUACUCGUGUAAAAAACAAAAAACAAAAAACAGAAGAAUUAUGAAACCUGCAGUCAUCGUUUUAUUAAUUGCAGUAAUGUGCAUCCAAUGCGAAUUAUCAUUCGGUAAUCAGACAAAAAAAGUAAAUCGAAGAAGAAUUAUUGCGAAGAAGCCCCAACCUAUAAAAGCCACCAGCAAUGGACAAUAUGGGCCUGGUGCUGGACACUAUGGGACUGGCACCGGACAGUAUUGGCCUGGCGCCGGACAGUAUUGGCCUGCCGCCGGACAGUAUUGGCCUUCCGCCGGACAUUAUGGACCUACUGCCGGACAUUAUGGACCUGGCGUCGGACACUAUGGACCUGGCGCCGGACAGUAUGGGCCUGCCGCCAUAUCAAUAGGUCAGAUCAUGACUUCAGAUAAUGCCGAUGAUACAAAUACCACUGUGAUAAAAGGAGAAAAUGGUGUGAUUACUGUCAAUGGAAAAGCUGUACAGAAGAAUGACAAGCAAUUCGUGAAGGGAAUCGUCACCAUGAAUAUUUUGAAUGGUCGUAUUUUAAUUAAUGAUAAUGUGGUCUUCGAAAAGAAACCUUCUUCACCGAAUAAUUCUGGAAGUUCGAUUAUCGCUUCAAGUGGAAUCAAGUAUUUUACAAUAAAAGUAAGGGAAAAUGGUAGUGUAGAAUAUAGUGAUAAUAAGCUUGGAGGUGGAAAGAUUAAUGCACAUCUGUGAUUUGCUUUGAAAAUUGAAAUAAAUUGAUUGAAUUUAUGGAA